AUGGCUCGGAACCCCAAGGAACAGUGGGAGCGACUUCAGUUGAUGCUGCAGCAUCGCGGCGGCCGUGGCGGAUUUGGUUUCGGCGGUGGAUUCCCAUCCGGUGGGGGUCGCGGCGGUGGUGUUGGUGUAGCUGUGCUGGUGCUUGCUAUCGGAGGAUAUGCUCUGUCGAACUCGCUUUUCAACGUCGAUGGUGGUCACCGUGCGAUCAAAUACUCGAGGAUAGGUGGUGUGAAGAAGGAGAUCUACAGCGAAGGAACUCAUCUGCGAAUUCCAUGGGUCGAAACCCCCAUCAUCUAUGACGUGCGCGCGAAGCCGCGCAACAUCGCCUCUCUCACCGGCACCAAGGACCUGCAGAUGGUGAAUAUCACAUGCCGUGUCCUAUCGAGACCCCGUGUCGAUGCCCUCCCCCAGAUCUACCGUACCCUGGGAAGCGACUUUGACGAGCGCGUCCUCCCCUCUAUUGUGAACGAGGUGCUCAAGAGUGUGGUGGCACAGUUCAACGCCAGCCAGCUGAUCACGCAGCGUGAGAAUGUUGCCCGUCUUGUCCGCGAUAACCUUGCUCGCCGAGCUGCCCGUUUCAACAUUGCCCUCGAUGAUGUGUCGUUGACGCAUCUGACUUUCUCCCCCGAAUUCACCGCCGCUGUCGAGGCCAAGCAAGUCGCACAGCAGGAAGCCCAGCGGGCCGCUUUCCUGGUCGACAAGGCUCGCCAGGAGAAGCAAGCUUUCAUCGUCCGCGCUCAGGGUGAAGCCCGAUCGGCCGAACUGAUUGGUGAUGCCAUCAAGAAGAGCAAGAGUUACAUUGAGCUACGGAAGAUCGAGAACGCACGCCAGAUCGCCCAGAUCCUGCAGGAGAACGGCGGCAGAAACAAGCUGUACCUGGAUUCCCAGGGCCUGGGACUCAAUGUGAACGCGAGGGUGGAAGAAGCGAAAUAA